CUCAAGUAGCUGUUGAAAGUCAAGUCUGCACUUCUUUUUCCCCCGCAUUGAUUAUGCCCAAAUCGUCAAAAUUUCAAAUUUUUGACCAUCGCAUCACUCUGUUUUUCCUUUUGUGUUUAUCCUUCUCACCUCUCUGCUUUUCUUUCUUUUCCACCAAGAAUCCCGUGUCACCCAAUUUUCCCCUCUUUUCUUGAUUUUGUGAUCCCUAAUUUUGCAAUUUGGAGCAAAAUAAGUGUGAUUUGAAAAGUAAAAAUCCUAUCUUUAUUGUUCUUGGUUAUAAUUUCAGCUUGAUUUUAGUUGUGGAGUGUUUAGAAUAGUGAGGGUUUUGGGGCUCUGUUUUGUAAUUGGAUGUGAAGUGUAAAUGGAAGGAACAAAUGGAAGCUCUGGUUCACCAGCACCAUUUCUGUUGAAAACAUAUGAAAUGGUGGAUGAUUCUCUGACUAAUGCAGUUGUGUCUUGGAGUAGAACAAGCCAUAGUUUUGUGGUGUGGAAUCCACCUGAGUUUGCUAGGGAUUUGUUGCCAAAGUAUUUCAAGCACAACAAUUUUUCCAGCUUUGUUAGACAGCUUAAUACUUAUGGCUUUCGAAAGGUUGAUCCGGAUCAGUGGGAGUUCGCGAACGAGGAGUUCAUCCGCGGACAAAGGCAUCUAUUAAAGAACAUCCACAGGCGAAAGCCCGUCCACAGCCACUCGGGCAAUGGGAAUGCAGCGCCAGUAACUGACUCGGAGAGAGAGGAGUUUGAGAAGGAGAUUGAGAAGUUGAAGCAAGAGAGAGUCUCCCUCGAGACAGAGGUGGAGAGGUAUAGACAGGAGAAUCGAGGCUACGAGCACGAGCUGAGAUCGCUGGGGCAGACAUUGCACACCAUUGACCAAAGGCAGCGGCAGCUGUUGGAUAACUUGGCUCAUCUCCUGCAGAGCCCGAGUUUGAUAGACCAAUCCGAAUCUCCGAACAAGAAGAGACGGAUGCUGGCCCUGCACUACUUCAAAGACGAAGCCAUGUUGAUCGAGGACAAUCCCGACCCCAGCCCUUCAUCUCCUCUCCCACUCUUGGACUUGAAGCAAGUCGAGAAGCUCGACUCGUCUCUCACUUUCUGGGAUAAAUUUGUUCGUGGGAUCGACCAAAUCCCUUCAGAUUCCCCGUCCUCGCCUAUGGAGUGUGACAUCAAUGUCAUUAUCCCGGGAUCGCCCUGCUCUGCAUCAUCAGCUUACAUCGAAAGCCCUGCAAUAUCAUCCAUCCGAAUCGAUCCUGACUCGAGGCCACCAGGAGUCGACAUCAACAUAAGUCCGGCCAAAACCCCGGAUGCUAGAUCAGCUGAAGCUCGACACGGGAGCAACACUUUUCAGUCUGUGCCGGCUAAUGAUGUGUUCUGGCAACAGUUUCUGACGGAGGCUCCCGUGCAGUCGGAUCCUAGCAGGUUCGCGGAUGAACACAAGCCUUGGUGGAUUGUGGAUGGCCUUAACCAACACAUGAUACAGCUCACUGAAGCUGAGAGGAUCUGAUGGAGGUGGAGGAGCACAAAUCAACCUCCUCUCAGGCGACGCCCUCCUCCGCCGGCUGCCUCUCGCAGCUGCUUCCCCCUGUCAUCUCUGUGGCCCACUGGCUGCGCCCCGUCUCUUCCUGCUCCCCUUCAACCUCAUACCGCUUCGUCUUCAUCUCCAGCGUGAUGUAGUAGGCGGAGAUCCAUUGUGAAGCGCGAUGGUGGAGAUAGCAGCGGCAACAGCAGAUUUCAGACGGCGGCUAAAGCGCCGAGUUCCGUCGAGAAGAACUUCCGGCGGCGGGUUUUGAGAGGAGAGUCCGAGAGAGAUAUGGAAUGGGAGUAUUUUGUUUUUGCUUCUUGUUUAAUUUGUUAUACAGUACUUUAAUAUUGGAAGGUUUGAUUAAAUUGGUGUAUGUUAAGGGAUUAUACGUGUACAUGUUUUAAAAGGGGUAUGCCUGUGUGAUUUUGGAGAGGGGAAUAUUUGUUUCUUUUUAUUCCAUCCCCUUUAUUAUUUUUGUGUUUGAGUUUAAAGUGGGAUGGAGGGUGCAUGUAAGGUUUAUUUUGGGAGUAUAAUUGUUUUCUUUUCCUUCCUGUUAGACCAGCUCCUUUAUUUUUGUUUUGGGCUUGGGGAGUAUGUGUUACUUAUUUAUCUAUUCACCUUUUUUAUUUA